GGAAAUCUAUGAUGGCCAAGUUUCGUUCCCCCAUCCCUUUGAUUUUGAUACAUGACGGAAUAUAUCUAAAUCUUCAAGAUGGCUGAACCUUUUGGUAUUGUAUCGGGCGCCGUAGGGAUCGCUUCAGCUUUGAGUGCGUGUAUGGACGGAAUAAAGGCCAUUCAAAUUGGGCGACGUUUUGGAUCCGACUUUCAGACGUUCCAGUUACGCCUGCGAAUGCUGGAAUUGCGACUUGCACGCUGGGGAGAAGCCCUACGAGUCCACGAUGAUCCACAAUUCAACGAUUCAGCAGCAGCCACCGACGAAAUCAGAGCUGCAAAAGAAGCUCUUUUUCAAAUCCUCGAACUUCUCCAGAAAUCCGACAAGUUGUCUAAGAAGUUUCGACCAUCGGGUGAACGAGACGAUGAUCCUUCAUCAGGGGAAACAACUGAACUGGACCGAAACAUACUUUCCCUCGAUAGAAACAUCCAGGAUAUUAUUGCGCGUCGUAAACAGAAGAACAAAGUCAGUGGGGUGAAGAUUGCGCGAUGGGUGCUCUACAGCAGAGACCAUGCCCUGCAACUCAUCGAGGAUAUUACAUCAUUGAUAGACUUGCUGCAGCAAUUAUUUCCGAUGCCAGAGAAAGAAUUGGCACUGGCUGUAGAGGAAGUGAAGCAACUUAGCUCAGCUAUUGUUGAUCAACAAUCUACCAUUCGGUAUCUGCAACUAUCGGUGCAAGGUAUUGAUGAAAGUUUCAAAAAGGCGAUCGGUUCCCUUGAGACACAAGGUCAUCGUUACGGAGACCAAUACAUGGAAGAGAAUGCGCGUGUUCAGAAUGGGCACACGUUCACGCAGGGUUGGGGGAGGUCUUCCGGUCCCGUUCCUGUCGGACCGAGCAUGACUUUUGCUUAUCAAAGAGCAGCAGGUUUCUCGAGAAUUCGUAAUGGGGAUGUCUAUGUCGAGAAAGACGAUUUCUGGUCGUAAGGGUUUACUGUAUGGAGGAUAGAGAUGAUUGUUGAAAAAGGCAGAAACUCAAACGAUCAAGCGAUCAUAGAUGUACCUAGUACCUACGAAGUAGUACCAUCCGUUUUAAGGUGCGCCACAAUUGUAGGUGCAUAUGUGGCUUGACCGUCGGUUUCCAAGUUGCUUGUUUUUUCUUCUUGGCGGUGCGGUCUGACCGAGAAGUACUGCCCCACUUGCCUCGGAAGAUGAUAGUUCCAAAGUAUAUAUUACCAAGCUCCCUUUCUUCGAGUUUCAAAGUUAAGCACCUUAUAUAGGUAACAACUUUAAGAGAAAGUAUGCCAAAUAGUCAUAUUUCUCUAGAUAUCAUAUGACUUUAGUUUUUUAUUAUUAAAAUAAACAUAACACUCGAUUCCUAACUAGAUACCUCAUCCAUCAUGGUAAGGCUGUACCAUCCAGACGUCGGAUACUCGGAUACUAUGUAAACAAACUGACUCUUCGAAAAGGCUCCCUUAGGGAAAUUUGCGC